AUGAGUUCCUCGAUAUCUAUACAUCUGUGGAUUUGUGUGUUGGUAUUCUUACCACCGUGUUACCCGGGACUAGAUGAUCUCUACUUUGAAGAUGAUGGUUUGAAAAUAAAAAGAGCCGACUGGUACCUACAUCUAAAAACCAAAAAAUUAGAUGAUCAUAUUCGAAAUGUUGUCAAACAUGUUAAGAUACUUGAAGAUUUAUAUGAAUCUCAUCUUAGUUUGGAUAUUGGAAGCCCAGAGCAUGGACUAUUGAUUGAUUCUCAGCUUUCCGAAGAACUUUAUGAAACACCUUGUGCCAUAGACUUAUCGAAAGUGAAACUAGAUAAGACAUCUAUGGGUGAGAUGUGUUUGUCAUUGUAUUACAACAAAUCUGCGUGCAUCGGGAUGAACUUAAAGUAUCGUAGUCCUGAUGGUUCUUGUAACAACUUGAAACGUUCUUUCUCGGGAAAAGCAACCACGGCUUAUAAACGUUUACUGUAUCCUAACUAUAGAAUGAGUUUAAAUGAAGUUCCCGAAGACUUUUAUUCGUCUUACAGACCCAGUCCUAGAAUACUGAGCGUUGCAUUUGUCAAAGACGAGCACUCACCAGAUGACUUUAAAACGAUGGCAAUGGCGUACUGGACGAUUUUUGUAGGCCAUGAUCUAUCUCACACGGCAAUUUCUAUAAUGAUGAACAGUAAUGAACCUGUGAGGUGUUGUAAUGAUAACCGGAAUGAGCUCCGCCCUGGAAGCGUAUACCACGAGUUGUGCUUGGCAGUUGUGAUACCGGGUGAAGAUCCAUUUUUCAGAAACAAUGCUCGUUGUAUGUACUACGUGCGUUCAGUGCCCGCUGUGCGUUCCGAUUGUACUUUUGGACCCAAGGAACAAAUGAACCAAGCUACUCAUUAUUUAGAUGGGUCGAUGAUUUACGGUUCGUCGGCGAAACGGACAUGGUCAUUGAGGACCAACUUGGGCGGCCAACUGUUGACAAACAUGGGCUGCUAUAACAAUAGCCAAGACGACCCGGUACAGCCACAGUAUAUGCCACUGGAAGACACCGAAUCAAGCGCCUGUCAGUAUGGCAGUGGCACGUGUUAUAGGGCUGGUGACAUCCGAGCAAACGCGCUUCCCCAACUGACGGUCAUGCACACAUUGUGGAUGAGGGAACACAACCGGUUGGCCAAACUACUGUCCCACGUAAACCCGCACUGGGACGAUGAACGUAUUUUUCAGGAGGCCAGGAAAAUCGUUACGGCAUCCAUACAGCACAUCACUUACAAUGAGUGGCUGCCAGCGCUGCUCGGGGAAAACUACACCAGGUGGAACGGGCUUGAACUGCCGACAAAAGGCUACAGUAACUCUUACAACGAGACCACCGACCCGAGCGUCAGCAACAGCUUUGCGACCGCAGUAUUACCGUUCGCUAAUUCCAUGCUAAGCGACACUAUCAGUUUAUAUACGGAACACCGAGUGAUCAACGCAAGUCUUUCACUAAAGGAACAUUACAACCGACCAACUGGUUUACUGUCAAAUUACAUGGAUCAGCUUGUCAGAGGGCUAUCUACGCAGAAUACACAAAAAAUCGAUAUGCUAUUUACUCAAACUCUUACAAAUUACUUAUACAGUGCUCGUCCAAACCACGUGUUCGGAAUGGACAUUGUCAGCUUGGAUAUACAACGAACCCGCGAUCAUGGUAUACCAAGCUACUCAGAAUUCAGAAAAUAUUGUGGACUAAAAGCUAUAAGAAGUGUACAAGAUUUAUCUAAGAUCAUGGUUGAAGGUGGUUCUGAUACGCUGAGUGGUGUCGCCGUUGGGUCCUCGCUUUCCGGUUGCCUUCGCAUCAAGCCUUCGUUCUGUUGUAGGUGGUUGGAGGUCGAUGUUGGCCCUCUCUGGUGUUGA